UGUUCACCUCAAUAUCAAUGGAGUCUCUUUUAUAACCAAGUUGAACAGGAACUCUUUUAUUCAUAUACCAAACAAAUUACAAAAAAUUCAAUUGUAGCAAAACAAAAAAAGACCACUAAAGGGUCUUGUGAAAAUUGCAAACUCUGUGUUGGAACAACUAUUCUUUGCUCCGAAUGUAACGAUGGCUAUUAUUUGGACUCGGGUUCGUGCUUUAAAUGUCAUUCAUACUGUGCCACAUGUUUCAAUUCAUCUUACACUGGAUGUUAUACGUGUAAUGAUGGGUAUUAUUUGACAGACGUUUCUAAAUGCAGUAGUUGUUCAUAUGCAUGUGCAACUUGUUUUAAUUCGACAAAUUCUGGGUGUUACAGUUGUCGGAAUGGGUACUAUCUAACACAAAUUUCCAGAUGUUAUGAAUGUUCAUAUGCUUGUGCAACUUGUUAUGGUUCUGAGAACACAAAUUGUAACACAUGUAAUUUAAAUUAUUAUAUGUCAGCCCCAAAUACAUGUACAAGUUGUCACCUUUCAUGUGGAACUUGUUUAGACUCUUCAUCAACUGGGUGUCUUACAUGUAAUACAAAUUAUUAUUUGUCUGGGUCAAAUACUUGUUCUUCUUGUUCAUCAUCGUGUGAGACUUGUUUUAAUGCAUCAUAUACAGGAUGUUACACUUGUACACCUGGAUAUUAUCUUAAUGGAAACUCAACAUGUAAUUCAUGUGCGAAUCCAUGUGGAGAAUGUUAUAAUGGGUUGAGUACUGGAUGUUAUUAUUGUAAACAGGGAUAUUAUCCAUAUGGAGACACAACUUGUGUUAGUUGUUCUUAUGGCUGCCUUGAAUGUUAUGGGGGUUCAAAUAAUGCUUGUUAUACCUGCAACGAUGGUUAUUACUAUUCAGGUUCCAGUACAUGUCUUUUAUGUAAAUUCUCGUGUUUUUCUUGUACUGAUGCUACAACUUGUACCACAUGUUCUUACUCAUAUUUCUUGUCAGGUUCAGAAUGUCUUAAAUGUGACGACUCUUGUAGUGUAUGCAAUGGGAUAAAUUCCAACAAUUGUUUGACUUGUCGACCAUAUUAUUACUUGUCAAAUGGGUAUUGCCUCAAAUGUGAUCCCACUUGUAAUGCAUGUAAUGGUAGUGGCGCGAACAAUUGUAUAAAUUGUAAGAGUUUUUAUUAUUAUUUAAGUGGAUCUUGUUUAAAAUGCAGUUCAAAUUGUAGUCGUUGUAAUGGGGUCAACGAAAACAAUUGCACAUCAUGUAAAAUGUAUUAUUAUUUAACAAAUGGAUAUUGUCAGCCAUGUGACUCGAAAUGUUUCAAAUGUAAUGGGACGGCUCCAAACAAUUGUUUGUCGUGUAAAACGGGGUAUUAUUUGUCAAAUGGAUAUUGUCUCGAGUGUAACAGUAAUUGUUAUUCAUGUGAUGGUACAAGUACAAAUUGCACUAAUUGUAAUGAUCAAUUUUAUCUUUCAAAUAAUGUAUGUUAUGAAUGUCAUUCAGAGUGUGGUGGGUGUAAUGGCCCGGAACGAACGAAUUGUUCUUGGUGUGGUGAAGGGUUUUAUCUUGACACUUAUCAUGGAAAAUAUAAUUACACAUGUCAACCAUGUGCAACUAACUGUGUUUAUUGUGAAACUGGUGAAUAUUGUAUAGGUUGUAAAUCGGGGUAUUUUGUCGUUGAUGCAAGUUAUUGUGAAUUGUGUUGGGUACAAAAUUGUCGAUAUUGUGAUUAUAAUUUGUGUUAUGAUUGUUUGCGUGGGUAUUAUUUAUAUAACAAUGAGUGUUACAAGUGUUCAAGCAUUUGCAGUUCAUGUUUUGGUCCACAAACAACAGAUUGUUAUUACUGUGUUGAUGGUUAUUACAUAUCUUCAUUUGAAUGUCUUUCUUGUUCAUCAUCAUGUCAGACAUGUAUCUCUAAUUCAACAAAUUGUUUAUCAUGCGUACAAGGAGAGCGAUAUUUAUGGAACAACCAAUGUCUAAGUUGUAGUAAUUGUGUGUCUGGGCAUUGCAUAUCCAACACAACAUUAUGUGAUAUGUGUCAUGAUGGUUAUUAUUUAGUCGAUGGGGUAUGUGUCUCGUGUGAUUCAAAUUGUGCCACAUGUUCUGGGUCUUCAUCGACUUGUCUUUCUUGUAAAACUGGUACAUAUCUAGUCGGUUCUUUUUGUGUCACAUGUGAUACAAAUUGUGCUUCAACAUAUUGUAACGUAUUAUUGGGUUGUACACAAUGUAAUAAUGGGUAUUAUCCAAUAAAUAAAAAGUGUUCUCAAUGUAAUCAAAUCACAAAUUGUGUAACUUGUAGCCAAACAGAAGAAAAAUGUUUGACUUGUACAAGUGGUAUUUCAUAUGUGAAUUCCAGUGGUUUGUGUUCAUUGUGUGAUUGGACAUGUUCAACUUGCAACACCGAUGGGACUUGUAAUGGUUGUUCGACUAAUUAUGUUCCUUUUCCUGUUAACAACGAAACAUGUCAGUUUUGUAGAUCUUUUGAUCCAAAUUGUGAUGUGUGUGGAGACAACAAAAAUCGAGUUUGUACGUCUUGUGAUACAAAUUACUAUAUAAACGCACAAAACACAUGUUCUCAAUGUGACACGACAUGUGCAUAUAACAAUUGCAAUAAAAACACGGGCAUUUGUGAGACUUGUGCGACCGGAUACACCAAAAAUACAACGGAUAGUAUUCCAUGUGAAUUUUGUUCUUCGUUUGAUCAGUAUUGCACUGUCUGUUCACAAACUAUCAGAAAAUGCACAACAUGUCUGACUGGAAAAUAUCCAAACCCUUCUUCUCCGUUUAGUUGUAUUGAUUGCCAUAGUUCUUGUUCAAGUAAGUGUUCCACCACAACGGGUAAUUGCAUGACUUGUAUCAGUGAUCAGUACACAAUCAACCCAUCAAACCCAAAACAGUGUCAAAGUUGUUCUUCUUUCGAUUCGAAUUGUCUGAGUUGUUCGAGAACAGAAAGAAAGUGUCUUUCGUGUCAAAGUGGUGUUUCGUAUUUAUCGAAUGGAAUGUGUGCGUUGUGUGACUCAACGUGUUCAAUGUGUGGAACAGAUGGUAUUUGCACACAAUGUAAAGCCAAUUACGUUUUUUAUGAUCCAAAACAAAUUGGGUGUUUGAGUUGUACUUCAUUUGACUCAAAUUGUGUGUCUUGUAGUUCGUCAAGUCUAAGAAAUUGCACCACAUGCAAUACAAAUAUGUAUCCCGAUGUUUCCAAUGGAAAAUGUAAAAGUUGUGAUGCUUCGUGUGGUGGGAGUUGUGACACAACAAAUGGAAUUUGCACAAGUUGUGUUUCUGGAAAAGUCUUCAACGAACCAAGAGGCUUAACAUGUAUCGACUGUUCUACUUUUGAUGUAAACUGUGUUGCAUGUGCUUCAAAUGGAGAAAGAAAGUGUAUCACGUGUCGUGAGAACAGUGGGUUUUAUUUGCUCAAUGGAAGGUGUGUGGCGUGUGACUCAACUUGCAAAGCAAAUACGUGUGACUCGACAAGUGGAUAUUGUUCGCAGUGUUUGCUGAAUUACAUAGUGACUUCUCCAAUAUCGAAAGUCUGUGUGAAAUGUUCUGAAUUUGAUUCAUACUGCUCGAAAUGUGCAACUGACUUCACCAGAAAAUGUGAGUUGUGUUCGAGUGGUAAAUACCCAAAAUCCACAGAAAGCUAUAAAUGUGGUGAUUGUGACUCGACCUGUGGUAGUCAGUGCAAUACCACAAAUGGCCAAUGUACUGGGUGUCUAUCAAAUUACGUGUUUUCCACAACAAACAGUUUGGUGUGUGACAAAUGCGCAACAUAUGAUGCAAAUUGCCUGACGUGUGAUUCAUCAUACCAACGGCAGUGUGUGACAUGUAAGACAAGUGGGAUGUAUCCCGAUGAAUCAACUAAGAAAUGCAAAUCGUGUAGUUCGACAUGUAAUGGCAAUUGCAACCAAACUAGUGGUAUCUGCACUGCCUGUAUGACUAACUACGUGUUUGAAGAGACAAAGAGUAAAGUGUGUGUCACUUGCAAGACAUUUGACAGCAACUGCAAAACGUGCAAAUCAGACUUCACGCGAAAAUGUGUUGAUUGUGAAAAUGGGUAUUAUCCCAACAGUGCUGGUGUAUGCGUGCCUUGCAACAAUGGUAAUUGUACGAUGUGUAAUUCUGCGACUGGUAUUUGCACCUCUUGUGUCUCCAAUUACGUUUUUACAAAUCCGCCUAGUAACACGUGUGUUGCUUGCAAAGAUUUUGACUCGAAUUGUGAAAUGUGUUCAACAGAUAAUUCAAGAACUUACAUUUCAUGCAAAGCUAAUAUGUACCCCGAUACAACAUAUACAUGUAAAAGUUGUGAUUCCACGUGCGGUGGAAGUUGUGACACGACAAACGGAAUUUGCACAUCAUGUUCAACACAGAGUGUCUUCACAGAACCAAAAUCAACAAAGUGCAUCAGUUGUAGUGUUUUUGACACAUCUUGUGUCAGUUGCAACAAUUCACCAAACAGAAUAUGCUCAACGUGUUCAACGGGAAAAUAUCCCCAAGCGUCUGGAAAGUGUGGUGAGUGUGACUCGACGUGUGGUGGUCAAUGUAAUCCAACGAAUGGGUAUUGCACCGGUUGCACUGCCAAUUACGUCUUAUAUGAGACAAGCAAUUUGAAGUGUCAAAAGUGUUCUGAUUUUGAUCCGAAUUGCAACACGUGUGCAUCCAAUUACACACGAAAGUGCACCCAAUGCAACGCAGGUUACUAUUUGGUGAACAACAGAUGUGUUGCAUGCGAUUCUUCGUGUAACAAACAGUGUGAUCAAACUAAUGGCUAUUGCACUGGAUGUGGGACCAAUUAUAUCAAAUCUGACACAAACCCAAAGACUUGUGUUGCUUGUUCUACACUGGAUUUAAACUGUUUAACGUGUUCAACAAACGGAGAUCGAAAAUGUGAGAUGUGUACGAAUCAAACGUAUGUCAAUCCCACGACAUUCAGAUGUGUUGCUUGUCCGUCUGGAUGUGAUAAUUGCAACGGGAAAACUGGCGAAUGUACAAAUUGUGCUAAUAAUUACGUUGUAUCAGCAAGCGAUUCGACAAAGUGCGAAUCUUGUUCUACUUUUGAUUCAAAUUGUAACAUUUGUGCAUCUGAUGCAUCAAGAAAGUGUGUUAGCUGCAAUUCAAAUUAUUAUCCAAAUUCCACAUUUAAAUGUCAAUUGUGUGACUCAACAUGUGGUGGACAGUGUAAUCCAUCGAAUGGGUAUUGCACUGGAUGUGCUGUCAACUAUGUCUUUUUUGAAACAAACAAUGUGAAGUGCCAAAAUUGUUUUCAAAUGGAUUCUAAUUGCAAUAAGUGCGCGACAGACUUUUCACAGAAAUGCAUUGAGUGUGUGAAUGGGUAUUACCCCGACUCAACCGGCACGUGUGUUUUAUGCGACCCCACUUGUAAAGACAAAUGCAACACACAAACGGGGUAUUGUGAGUCUUGUAUUACUAAUUGUGUCUUGUAUUCAUCAAAUAAUUUGAAGUGCCAACCCUGUUCUACGUUUGAUUCAAAUUGCAAAAAUUGCUCAUCCGACUUCACCAGAAAAUGUGUUGAAUGCAAUUCAAUGUUUUAUCCAAAAACAAGUGGCGAUUAUAUGUGUCAGAGUUGUGAUUCGACAUGUGGAGGUCAAUGCAGUGGCUCAAUUGGAUUUUGUACUGGGUGUCUGUCAAAUUACGUGUUUUCCACAACAAACAAUUUGGUGUGUGACAAAUGCUCAACAUAUGAUGCAAAUUGUCUGACGUGUGAUUCAUCAUACCAACGGCAGUGUGUGACAUGUAAGACAAGUGGGAUGUAUCCCGAUGAAUCAACUAAGAAAUGCAAAUCGUGUAGUUCGACAUGUAAUGGCAAUUGCAACCAAACCAGUGGUAUCUGCACUGCUUGUAUGACUAAUUACGUGUUUGAAGAGACAAAGAGUAAAGUGUGUGUCACUUGCAAAACAUUUGAUCUGAAUUGCAAAACAUGCAAAUCAGACUUCACGCGAAAAUGUGUUGAUUGUGAAAAUGGGUAUUAUCCCAACAGUGCUGGUGUAUGCGUGCCUUGCAGCACUAUUGAUACAAAUUGCAAAACAUGCAAUCCAAGAAUAAAAGAGUGUUUGACAUGUAACGACCCGUAUUACUUAUCCAGUCAGAAGUGUGUGAGUUGUCCUUCUGGUAGUUACAAAAACACCGAAACUUCUUGUGAACAGUGUUACAAUGAUCUGCCCAAUUGCCAAACAUGUUCAACGCAAUCUGUUGGUGUUCCUGUGUGUACUUCAUGCUAUUCUCCAUAUGUUUUAGCUUUUCAAACAAAAACGUGUGUGAGCUGCACAUCUUCCCAAAUAUACAACAAAACAACACAAAAGUGCGACAACAAUGCUAUUGGCUGUUUGACAGCAUUGACCAAUCAGCAGUGUUUGCGAUGUGAUGUGUCGUAUUACCUUUCUGAACACAAAUGUGUUGCAACAAACAAUUGUAACGCCCCAUCAACAGUAUCAAAAGUGUCAUGUGACUGUGCACAUCAGAUAUCAGUCAACUCCGAUUGCAUGACCAAAGUCUCAAAUUGCAAAUAUCAAAGAAAUUACAAAACCCAAAGUGUGUGUAUUCACUGUGAUGACAAUUAUUUACUCAGUGGCGUGACUUGUCAGAAGGUUUCAAGUGGUAAUACAAUCAGGAACGAUGUUGUCUAUAACUGUGUCAAUGACAAUUAUAUUGGAUAUAAUAAUCAAUGUAACGCAUGCAAUAAAAACGCUUCUGUAUGUGUCGAUUACAACAAUGUCAUUGAAAUCAUCGCAUGCAAACAACAAUAUACAUAUGACGUGGAAAACAAGAAGUGUGUCAAUGACAUUUCUUGUUCGAAAUAUUUAAACAACUUCUGUUCAACAUGUGUUGAUGAUGACAUGGAAAUGCACGAUGGCAAGUGUGUGACUUGUUCAGUUCCAAACUGUAAAAAUUGUGAGGGUGGCAAAUGUAAAAAGUGUGACGAGAAUUACGUGAUUCAAACAAAUGGAUUUUGUGUUGAGAAGAGUGAAGUGAGUUGUGUCAAUAGUGAUGGUCUGCGUUGUUUACAGUGCACUGAAAAUUUCUAUCCGACCGACUCAAUUAAUAACGAAGGGAAGUAUGACUACUGUUUGCCACUUUCAUCAGUUCAAAUAGAAGACUGUAAAUAUUCAUCAAUUAUAAAAUCGCAAUGUAUUGAGUGUUUGGACUCAUUUAAAUUGAAGAAUGGGAAUUGUUCUGAGAAUUUUGAUGAUGAUAAACAAGAAACCAAUUCGACAAACACCAAACAAAACUUGAAAGGUGCAGAGGUAUCAUGUUAUAUUAGAAACAACAAAGGGUGUGAGAGAUGCAAUGAAGGGUAUUACUACAAUACUGGUGAGUGUUUUCUUUGUUCUACAAAUUGCAAAAAUUGUUACAACACAACAUAUUGUACUUCAUGCCAACCCGGGUAUUACCUUUCAUCUGCUUUCACAUGUGAACCACUUGGCGAUUUGUUUACAAAAUGUGACUUGACACUUCCAACAGGUGGUGGAUGUGCAAUUUGCAAAAACCAAUAUUACAAACAAAAGACUGAUUGUAUUUCUUGUGAUGAGUCGUGUGGUACUUGUGUUGAUGGUGAUUCGUGUUUAACUUGUAAAACUGAAUAUUUCAAACUUUCUGGAAUGGAAAAUAAAUACUGUUUAUCAUACGACAAUUUGACCAACUGUGUAACAAAAACAUCAAUUGGGUGUUUACAAUGUGAAAAUGGGUAUUACUUAGAUAAUUACCAAUGCAAGAAUUGUUCUGAAAACUGCAUUUCGUGUGACAACGCACUAAGUUGUAAUAUGUGUGUAGAAAGUGAUUUUGUGUUGGUUAAUUUACAAUGUGUGUAUUACAAAGAAGUUGAAUACUGUAAAUCUGCUAACAACUCGAAAUGUGUUGAAUGUGAAAAGAAUUACAAACCAAGUGACGCUGGUGAUUAUUGUAUCAAAGUGACGAAUUAUGGGUUGGUAGUUGGAGUACCAAUUUCAAUCACAUUAACAGUUAUCGUAUUAAUUGUUGUGAUAAUAAUAAUAUUGAUAACGAUGAUACAAAAGAAAAAGAUAGCCAAAAAAGAGCAAAACAUUUGCAACUUCAAGAUGAGUCGGUCAAACAUUGAGAUGAUGAAAUUAAGCGAAAAUCUUGUCUCGAACAAAACAACACUAAAAUUUGAUUUAGAUAACAACGAAUUAAUUAAAGUGGACAAAGAAACAAGAGAUUUGGUAUGUGUUGGAAACAAUUCUAAAAACAACUUGAAAGUACAAUUCAGUGUGAUGAAUGGGUGCGAUUAUUAUGAAAUUAGAACAGUACCUUCCAUCGUGUCUCUCAAGCCUGGAUAUGCUUGCGAAUUUGAAAUAUUUAUCAAGCCGUUGUGUACUUGUACUACAAAGGAGGAUGUGAUGAUUACUUCAUUAAAUCUAACAACAGGAACUAUUGAAAACGCAAAAAUACAAAUUGAAAUGGAGACUGAACAAACAACUAAAUUAAAUUACAGAGAACUUGAAGAAGAUGAGAAACUUGGCGAAGGUUCGUUUGGAAUUGUUUACAAAGGAAAAUACAGAGGAAAUACAGUUGCCAUCAAAAGAAUGAAACAACUUGAUAAUUAUGAAAGUGGACUUGAAGAAUUUGAAAAAGAAGUUUCCAUGUUAGACAAAUUCCGCAGUGAUUAUAUUAUCCAUUUUUACGGUGCCGUUUUUAUUGAAAGUAAGGUGUGUAUGGUGACCGAAAUUGCUUCACAUGGGUCACUUCAAGAUUUGAUCAAACACAAGAAGAGUGCAGAAAUUGAUACAAAGUUAAGGUUGAAAUUUUUAUUAGAUGGUGCUAAAGGUAUUCAGUAUUUACAUGAGAACGGGAUUUUACACAGAGACAUCAAGCCUGACAAUUUGCUUGUUGUUUCUUUAGAUAUUACAGAAAAAGUGAAUGCAAAAUUGACUGAUUUCGGAAGUAGUCGAAAUGUAAGUAUGCUGCAAACUAAUAUGACUUUCACUAAAGGAAUUGGAACACCAAUAUAUAUGGCUCCUGAAAUUCUUAAACAACAGAAGUAUAAAAAAUCUGCUGAUGUUUAUUCAUUUGGAAUCACCAUGUUCGAAGUCAUUUCAUGGAAAGAGCCUUACUCAAAAGAUCAGUUUAAAUUUCCAUGGAAAAUUGCAGAAUUUGUAAUGGGUGGAAAUCGUCUUAAAAAACCCGAUAUGAUGAGCAAUGAACAAUAUGAUAUUAUUUCGAACUGUUGGUCUACACAGAUGGAAAAAAGAAUUACAAUCAAUGAAGCGGUUCAAAGAAUUGAAAAAUUGUUGAUUUAA